CGUCACAUCAUCUGGUGGCAUUUGUUCACACACGCAACUUUGUGGGCAGGAACCACCCGGCAUUGAGAAUAGCGGAGAGUCCUUAUCAAGCGUCAGCUAAACAGCUACUCCCGGAUUCAAACCCGGAUUAAAAGUGCACAUUAUCAGAGAGCCUCUGAUCCUAGAGCAGCCAGUUGCUUCCAUCAUUCAAGAAAUCCAGGAGCUUCGUUCAUAGACGUGAAAGGAUGCCUACAAGACAUCCCUGGUAAAUCCCUUGAAGAUGAACGAGUUUGAAUGAAGUUCACCAAGUUUUAUAAAGUCUGACUUUUGAAAAAUCUGCCAGGAUGAACAGCAAGGACCAAAACCGGUUGUUAUUCCAGCCAAGUCAACAGUCCUGGAAGAGGAUACUGGUAUCCUGUAUUGCCCUGUGUCUCAUCGCCAUAGCUUACUGUGAUGAGGACUAUUACAAAUUACUUGACGUGUCCAGAGAAGCGACCACGAGAGAGAUUCGACAGGCCUUCAAGAAGCUGGCCCUCAAGAUGCACCCUGACAAAAACCCACAUGAUGCGACGGCCCAUGACAAGUUCCUGAAGAUCAACAGAGCCUACGAGGUGCUGAAGGACGAGGACAUGAGGAAGAAGUACGACAAGUACGGAGAGAAGGGCCUGGAUGAGCAGAACCAAGGGGGACGAUACGAGAGCUGGAACUUCUACAGAUACGAUUUUGGUAUCUAUGAUGAUGACUUGGAGAUCAUCACUUUAGAUAGAGGAGACUUUGAUGCAGCAGUAAAUUCUGGAGAGCUGUGGUUUGUGAAUUUCUACUUCCCUCGCUGUUCGCACUGCCAUGACCUGGCCCCUACGUGGAGAGAGUUUGCCAAAGAGAUGGACGGUGUGGUGAGGAUCGGGGCCGUGAACUGCGGCGACAACGGGAGGCUGUGCCGCAGCCGCGGGGUCACCAGCUACCCCAGCCUGUACAUGUUCAAAGCAGGCAUGAAUUCGGAGAAGUACUAUGGAGACCGGUCAAAAGAGAGCCUGACCAAAUUCGCCAUGCAGUUUGUCAAGAGCAGAGUCACAGAGCUAUGGCAAGGCAACAUCGUCAAUGAAAUUGACCGUGCGUUUGCGGCGAGGAUCGGCUGGCUGAUUACUUUCUGUGCCGACACUGGAGACUGUUUGGAGUCUCAAACAAGGCAGAAGCUUGCUGGGAUGUUGGACGGCCUGGUGAACGUGGGCUGGAUGGACUGCUCCACCCAGAGGGAGCUGUGUGAGAGUUUUGACGUCUCCACCAGCACCACCGCCUUCUUCCCACCCGGGAGCAUGCUGAAGGAGAAGGACAGCGUUUUGUAUCUGGAGUCUCUGGAUGCCAGGGAGAUCUACAGCGAGGUACUCAAACAUCUCCCAGACCUGGAGACCCUCUCAAAGGAGUCCUUCGAGGCGAAGUUGGCUCGUCACCGAUGGCUGAUCAGUUUCACGUUUGGCCAGACGGGCCUGGCAUCGCACGAGUACAAGAAGCUGAGUGCCCUCCUCAAGAACGAGCACAUACAGGUGGGCAAGGUUGAUUGCCAUGCCGAGGCAGAGCUCUGCCACUCCCUCUACAUCCAGAAACCUAGCAUCGCCGUCUUCAAGGGCUUUGGCAUUCAUGACUUCGAAAUUCACCAUGGUAAGGAUGUGCUAUACAACAUCGUAGCCUUUGCCAAGGAGAGCGUGAAGGCCCACGUCACCACGCUGGGCCCGGAGAACUUCCCCAAUCAUGAGAAGGAACCCUGGCUAGUGGACUUCUUUGCACCUUGGUGUCCCCCGUGCCGAGCCCUGCUGCCUGAGCUGAGGAAGGCCUCCAUCCAGCUGGUCGGCCAGAUGAAGUUCGGGACUCUGGACUGCACCGUCCACGAGGGGCUCUGCAGCACGUACAAUAUCCAGGCCUACCCCACCACUGUGAUCUUCAACAAGUCCAGCAUCCACGAGUACGAGGGGCACCAUUCGGCAGAUGGCAUCCUAGAGUUUAUUGAAGACCUUGUGAACCCAGUGGUGAUCUCCCUGACCCCUGACACCUUCCCAGAGCUGGUCAAGCGGAGGAAGUCGGACGCCAUGUGGAUGGUGGACUUCUACGCCCCCUGGUGCGGGCCGUGCCAGGCUCUACUGCCGGAGUGGAGGAGGGUGGCACGGAUGCUGAGCGGCACGAUUAACGUGGGUACAGUGGACUGUCAGAAGUAUCACUCCUUAUGCCAGGGGGAGGGGGUGAGGGCCUACCCAGAGAUACGCCUGUACCCACACAAUGCCAACCGCCGAGACGUCUACCAUGGCUACAACGGGUGGCAUCGGGAUGCGCACUCCCUUCGUGCCUGGGCAAUGGGCUACAUGCCCAGGGCCUCAGUAGACCUGUCACCGGAGGACUUCCGCAGUAAGGUGCUGGGCGGUAAGGAGCACUGGGUGGUGGACUUCUACGCCCCCUGGUGCGGACCCUGCCAACACUUCGCUCCCGAGUUCGAGGUCCUGGCACGGAUGAUGAAGGGCAAGGUGCGUGCGGGGAAGGUGGACUGCCAGGCCCACUACCAGACGUGUCAGACUGCAGGGGUGAAGGCCUACCCCACCGUCCGCUUCUACCCCCACCUCAGCAACAGCAGGAGGGAUGCUGGAGGUGAGUACAUCAACAGCCGUGACGCCUCAGUCAUUGCCGACCUCCUCCAUCAGCGGCUGCAGCAGCUAUCGCCAUGGUUACAAGACAAGUCCUCACUCAAGGAUGAACUGUAAACCAAGCCAGGAAAAUUCUUCUGCAAAUUCUGCAAGAUGGAAGAGACUGCCUCAUUUUUUUUCACUAUUAAGGAUAUCAAAUCUGCACUCAAUGAAACAAAAGACUCUCCUCAGAGGUUUGUUUACCGUUUACUGCAAAGAAUCAUGGGACGAAAAUCCACCAUUUUGGAAUUAUUUGAUGUUUCUCCAUCAAACGGGGAAACAAGCUAACCUCUCUAGUCUUCGUGACUCGUAUACGUUCACAAAGGAAAUUUUCUCGAAAGACAUUCUGAAAGGAAAAUAUCACCGGACAAGGAAGACUAUGAUCACGAGGUUUCAUAUUACACCUGUCCAAAGUCACUGGACUCUUGUCAGUUUAUACUCUGAAUGUACUGUUUUACCUUGCUGUGAUGUUUUAUAACUUCAACAGUAAUGGUGGAAGAAAGCUACUGUCAUUUUUAUCUGGUAACUGUAACAAUGUUGUUGUUUUUUUUGCUGAGGAUCUCAGCUGGCUUUAAUGUUGUGUGGUGGAGAAGUGUGGAUACAUUUUUUUGUCUGUAUGAAAACAGGAUUUUUUACAAUACAAAAAACAUAGGCCAACCAUUUUAAUCCGAACCACUAUUUAUUAUUCAAUGGAAUUAAGAGGAUAUUUCUGUUUUGCCUGAAAGUAAUCAAAGGUUGAUACAUUCUACAUUUAACACUACUAUGUCAAUACACAACAGCUCCAUGUACAUACGUGUAGCCUACAGACUAUGCUGUCCCCAUCUUUGUUACUGAAAACUUUGGUCCACAUAGUCAUUUCUGUUCAUUUGCACAGAGCCUUUUAGUAAAAAAAAAGUUUUCAAACA